GGGCCACCCCCUGGCCAUGGUCCAGGACACUGUCAUGGGGGACAUAACCCUCCAGGACAUGGUGGUCCAUCCCAUGGCCAUGGCCCAGGACACUGUCAUGGGGGACAUCACCCUCCAGGACAUGAUGGCCCAUCCCAUGGCCAUGGCCCAGGGCACUGUCAUGGGGGACAUCACCCUCCAGGACAUGGUGGCCCAUCCCAUGGUCAUGGCCCAGGACACUGUGGGUCUCACUCUGGUCCACGUCAUUGAGAAAUCAGAAGAAACGAAGGCACAAGAUGAGGAGUCUGCAUGGAAUCCCCAGAUGACCUGGCACUGGGUCUAAACCAGAAUUUUCCCUUGCAAAUAAAUAGCCUCCUGGAGGCCA